CAGCAGCUUUGUAGUGUUAAGGUUUUCGGGCACGUUGUUGCUGUUGUGCGGAGUUUUUGUUUUAUUGUUGUGAAAUUAUUUUUUUUCCUACGGAGGAGCUUUUAUUUUCUUAAUAAUUUCACAAGUUUUGUAUACAAUAUUAUCUAGUUAUUAUUUCCAAUACUCCAACGUAAUUAUAUUACAAGCAACGCAUCAACAUGGAUGAAGGUUCUCAGCGUUUAAUUGACGAUUGUUUUUUGCGACCUGUUACAGAUGCUCGGGCAACCAAUAAACCCGUCCAAGUGGCGGCACCUAAGGUGGCCUUGAAGACCGAAAUGCAGGUAUUGCGCUUGAGUGAUGAGUCACAAAAAAUGUGCAUGGAAACCUUGAAAUCUAUACACGGUGAUGAUUUUCGUUUGGAUGAUCCUACCAAGUAUAAGGAUCGUGGUGGGAGAAUGAAAAAAACCUACUGGGAAGAUCGUGGCACCUUAAUAGUGCAAUCAGUAACAAAUUAUUCCACAAUGAAACCACCAGCAGCAGAUGGUAGCCAAAGCUUGGAACAGCCGGAGGAUCGUUUAAGGCGUUAUGCUUUAUUGAAACUAGAAAAUUAUGGUUUUGCAGUGCCCCAUUGUUUAGAGGCCUAUGAACAUUGUGAGGGUGAUACGGAUAAGGCUUUAUUGCUGUUGUUUCGCAAAUACAUGCGACUGCCGGAGAAUGAGGAAUGUAAUGUUUCACACUCUUUACCCAGCGAUAUAACCGAACAGGAAUUGCUGGAUAUGCGCAAUGAUGAGAAGGAGGCUUUAGAAUCUAUAUACGAUAAACUGUAUGAGGAAAAGGAAAAGAAUUUUGUGUGGAGUUUAAAAUUUAAAAUAGACCAUCUGUUGCAGCAUAGUCCUUCGGAAGUACGUAAGGCCCGUGAUUUAGCUGUAAAGGCGGCUGAUCAAGCCAGAGGCAAAUCUAAUUUUAAGAAGCCCAAAGAACCUCAAAGAUGCCGUAAUUUCGAUAAAGAAGGCACAUGCAAAUUUGCUAACAAAUGUCGUUUUGCUCAUAUAAGACCAGAACCGGAAAUUAAUAGUGAAGAAAAUUUAAAGAAAAAAGAAAAACCCAAAGAAUCCGAUGACAAUUGUUUUUAUUUGGAAAUAAGAUUUCCUCCAAACACCAAAUAUCCCUAUGAGGCUCCCUAUAUCUAUUUGAAAACCACUUGCCAUGACAUACCCACAGAGGUGAGACUGAGAAUAGCUAGGAAAUUAUAUAAAGAGGCUAAAGAAUCUUGUAGAGAUGGUAUACCUUGUGUUUUCAGCAUCUCCGAACUAUUGCAACUGGACGAGAGUUUCUCUAACACCAUAGAUUUGCAUAGUAAUCCUUUUCCGUCAGCCGAUAAGUCGCUAUUUUAUGUGGAAGACAUCAGCUUAGAAGAAAAUAAUAUUAAGGAUUUAGCUCCCUUGCCUACGCACUAUGAAAAGGGUAUGACAUCUCGAGGAGAUAAUUACAGAAAAAAUCUAGACUCUUUGGAAAAGGAAGAUAGAAUGUUGCUGAAAAAGUUUAUGGAAAAACGUAGAGAUGAACGCUAUAAGAAAAUGAUGGCUGGCAGGCAAAAUCUGCCGGCCUUUUCAAAAAUGUUGGACAUAUUAAACCUGCUGGAAACUUCACAGGUUUUGGUGAUAUCGGGUGAAACGGGUUGUGGUAAAUCUACACAAGUACCUCAAUUUGUCUUGGACAAUUGGUUUUUCAAGGCCUCCCAAUUAGAUAACUCACAAAAAAUGCCUCAUGUGGAGGUGAUAUGCACGCAACCUAGACGUCUUUCAGCCAUUGGUGUGGCCGAGAGAGUGGCUGAUGAAAGAGCCGAAAGAAUAGGCCAAACGGUGGGCUAUCAGAUACGUCUAGAGAAUAAAAUAUCCUCAGCCACACGCCUAACUUUCUGCACAACCGGUAUAUUACUGAGACGUUUGGCCUCCGAACCGCUGCUCGAUUCAGUGACACACAUUAUAGUUGAUGAAGUGCAUGAACGUAGUGAAGAGUCUGACUUUUUGCUUAUGAUAUUAAAACGCAUUUUACCCAAAAGACCCGAUUUAAAAGUUAUUCUCAUGUCUGCCACUCUCAAUGCUAAACUAUUCUCCGAUUAUUUUGGCAAUAUACCAGUAUUGGAUAUACCCGGUCGUACUUUCCCCGUAGAGCAGCUAUUCUUGGAAGAUAUUUUAGAGCGCAGUGAUUUUGUGAUGGAAUGUGAUUCACAAUACAGUCGCAAGGUAAAUAAAAAGGAGGAAGAAGAACUAAUGCGUGAAAUGGAAUAUGCUGAUAUUAAGGCGGAAAAUAUAGCACCGCCCACAAAGAUAAAGGAUGAGAAAUUAAAUUUAUCCGCCAUGUAUGCUAGAUAUAAUGAUUAUUCCAAGAAAACUUGUAAAUCAAUUUAUCUAAUGGAGCCCAUGAAGGUUAAUCCCGAACUGAUAGAAUCGGUGCUAAAGUACUUGGUGGAGGGAGAGCAUAAUUGGCCCAGAGAGGGUACAAUUUUGAUAUUUUUACCUGGUUUACAGGAAAUUCAAAGUGUUCAUGAGGCUUUGUGUGAUAGUGCAAUGUUUGGACCAAGAUCUAAUAACUACAUUUUGGUACCACUACAUUCCACCCUGUCCAGCGAUGAACAAGCCGCUGUCUUCCGUCCCGCCCCCAAAGGCAAAAGAAAAAUAGUGUUAAGCACAAAUAUAGCCGAAACUUCAGUGACCAUAGAUGACUGUGUCUUCGUCAUCGAUUAUGGUCUAAUGAAAGAGAAACGUUUCGAUUCCAAUCGUAAUAUGGAAUCCCUAGAACUAGUCUAUGUAUCACGAGCCAAUGCCAAUCAACGUAAGGGACGCGCUGGUCGCGUUAUGCCUGGUGUUUGUAUACAUCUCUAUACCCAUCAUCGUUUCAAAUAUAAUUUCUUGGCUCAACCGGUACCCGAGAUACAUAGAGUUCCCCUGGAACAAUUGGUAUUGCGUAUAAAAACAUUGCCCAACUUUGAGGGUCUCAAUGUGGUCGAGGUAUUGGGUCAAACUCUAGAACCACCCACCGAAGAAAAUAUUGUAUCGGCUGUGACAAGGCUGCAAGAUGUGGGCGCCUUAGAUGAGGAUCAACAGUUAACACCGUUGGGUCAUCAUUUGUCCGCUUUGCCGGUGGAUGUUAGAAUAGGCAAAUUAAUGUUGUUUGGUGCUAUUUUCCAGUGUUUAGACAGUAUUUUAACUAUAGCUGCCUGCUUAUCACACAAAUCACCCUUUGUCAGUCCGUUCAAUAAACGGGCCGAAGCCGAAAGACGUAAACGAGAAUUUACUUUGUGUAAUAGUGAUCAUUUAACUUGUUUGUUGGCUUAUAAGAAAUGGUUGGAGGUUUCUAAACGUAAUUUCUUUGCCAGCCGUAAUUACGCCGAUGAACAUUUCCUCUCCUUGAAGACUUUACAAACCAUUUCCGAAGUUAAAUAUCAGUUUUUGGAACUUUUGGUUUCGAUUGGUUUUGUGCCCAUUAAUGUGCCUAGAAAACGUAAAAAUGCUAAUGACAAUAUUUUAGAAUUAACGGGUACCGACUUAAACAUCAAUGGCGACAAUAAUCGUUUAUUAAUAUCCCUCCUGUGUGCUUCCCUGUACCCCAAUAUUGUUAAAAUCAUGACACCCGAAAGAAGUUACAUACAAACGGCCGGUGGCGCCAUGCCCAAAAUGGCCACUGCCAGAGAUUUACGCUUUAAGACACGAGAAGACGGUUAUGUAGCCAUUCAUCCCUCCUCCGUCAACUCCGAUGUGGGCAACUUUCAAUCGCCGUUCCUGGUGUAUCAGGAAAAAGUGAAAACCUCACGCAUUUUCAUACGUGAGUGCAGUAUGUUGCCCUUAGUACCCUUGGUAUUAUUUGCUGGAUCCGAUCUCAAAAUCGAAUUGCAUGAUGGUGAUUUUCUAUUUCUUUUGGAAGAUGGUUGGAUUAUAAUAAAGGCUCAUAAUCAUGAGACAGCUGAAAUGAUACAGUGUCUGCGCAAUGAAUUGUUAAAGCUGUUGGAGGAGAAAAUUCGUGAUCCUUGUUUGAAUUUAUUGAAUCAUGAGAAUGGAUGUAAAAUUAUACAAAAUAUUGUUUACUUGAUUGGUAAUAAUAAUUAAAAGGUUCUCGAUUUAGUGAGACAAAUUUCAUUUAAAAUAUUUUUUUCAUUGAGAUUAAUUAAACACAAAAGGAAAUUAUUGAAUGUUGUAAUGUUGUAUUUUUAAUUUAGCAAAUUUAUUUUUAAAUUGUAUUAAAUUAAAUAUAUUUUGUAUAUAAAAUACUUGAUUAAAUAUAUAAACAAAAUAAAAACGAAUUGGAAAUAUUAAAUUUAA